AUGGCAGUCAAUCUUACUGCGGGCGCAAUAUGGAUGCUAUCGACUGGGGAAUGGCAAACGAUGGAUCUGAAACCGGUGCUUCAGGUUAUUGAUAUUCUGGCAUUUCAGACGCAAACUCCGACCGAGGGUGGUGAAGAAAACAUGCGGGAUAGGUACAGGGUGUUGUUAUCCGACGGCUAUUUUCAUCGACAAGCAGUGCUUUCUGCUAAUCGCAGUGAGUUGGUUACCACUCAGCAGUUGCAGAAGGGUUCCAUUGUUAAGUUGACUAAGUUUCUUUGUAUCACGAUCCGUGAACGCAUUAUUAUCAAAAUCAUCGAUCUCAAUGUGAUUCUUGGUGAGUGUGAUAUCAUUGGCGACCCAAAGCCAUUUCCACAUGAACUUCCUAGUAACAAUCAAUUCAUAUGGAAGACGUUAUCCCAGAUUAAAGAUGAAAAGCUCGGGACUUUUGGGAAUACUGAUUACAUCACAGUCAAUGCCACAAUCUGGUAUAUAAAAAGAGACAACUUUUGUUACACAACCUGCCCUAUCAUGUUAGGUGAUCGAAAAUGCAGCGAAAGAGUAGUGAAUAAUGGAGAUGGGAGAUGGAUAUGUAAGAAGUGUGAUCAGAUUGUUGAUGAAUGUGAUUACAGAUAUGACCUGCAACUACAUAUACAUGAUCAUACUGGUUUGACAUGGGUAAAUGCGUAUGGGGAAACUGGUGAGGAGAUAAUGGGUGUUUCUGCUAAAGAUUUGUAUCUAUUGAAACAUGAAGAGGAAGAUGAGGAUGCAUUUAUGGAAUCUGUUCGUGGUGUUUUGUUUAGUGAAUACAAUUUCAAGUUAAAAGUGAAGGAAGAGUUUUUGGGUGAUGAAGCACGAGUAAGAUCCAUUGUUGUGAAAGCUGAGAAGAUAAAGUAUUCAUCAAACACAAAGAAUCUACUUGUGAGGGUGUCGAGUGUGUCAAAUGUUUGA